AUGGCAUGGGACAGCCUCCUCAACAUGGACAAGGAUUUGAAGCAGAUCUACCAUUCAGAAAAGCAAGCCCGCUCAAACAUUCCUAUAUCUGGGGAUCUUUCCGAACAUCCUGGAUCUUCCGAGCCCAAAUAUUCUCCUCGAAAACAACGGUUUCCCAGUUACCACGGACCUCCUAUGCAGGGAGACUUUCGUGAACAACAGAAGUUGCUUGAGAACCAGCGCUUUCUUGACAAUCAAGACAUUCUAAAUGCGGAGAUCUUCUUCUACCACUUUCAAUUUUUCGAGGAAGAAUAUCGGGAAGUCGACGAGCUUUUAAGCAAGAGCCUUAUCAGUGGCAUAUACGUCAAGUAUUUGUCAGCUCCAGGGACUAUUCUCACAACCCGUGUAAAUGGCAACGACAUCGGAUAUCUGCAAAGGACCUUCUUCAGUGAUGAGAGUCGCACAGCAUGGGGCGCCAAGGUCACGAAUUGGGCUUUCGAUGGCACGUUCAAGAUGGAUGAAAUGAAGAUCAAGAUAGAUGUGAAAGACUUCAAACACAUGCCAAGAGAUAUCACGUCUCUCGAGUUUUAUCCCAUACGAUAUGCGGAGCGCGUCCGCCAGAGAUUGAUGACUCGUGGCCAUCAGUUUUGGAGAUGCCGAAAAUCCGCCUAUGUCGCAUACACGGGCCUGGAUAUGAAUCAGGAAACAUCUUAUGAUAACACUCGCUUUCUUGUAGACGUCCGCACGUAUCACACUAUGCAUGGCAAAGACGAUUCAAUGUUGAUGUAUUGUUCAGAAUCUGCCCAACUGCCUGAUGCGUUUAUGGAUCGUGAUUUACCACCAGAUGAUGGGACCUUCAUUUACCUGGUUCCGGCAAGCAUCUACGGAUUUGAUAUCCAAGAGAAAAAGUGGGUGAACCUUCAAGUGGACAACAUUCAUCAGCUAAAAUGGAACACCGAAGCGUUCGACGCUCUUGCCAUUGAUGAGGACAGCAAGGAGCUGAUCAAUGCCCUUGUUAACAACAAAAUCGCUGCUGAAAAAGCCACAGACAUGGUCAGAGGCAAAGGCAAUGGCCUGAUCAUUCUCCUACACGGCGGCCCUGGUACUGGAAAGACACUUACCGCGGAAAGCGUAGCAGAAAUUGCUAAGAAGCCACUCUAUCGCGUUACAUGUGGCGAUAUCGGAACGGAACCGCGAGAAGUGGAGAAGUACCUGCAGAAGAUCUUCUAUCUUGGGAAGAUCUGGGACUGUGUCGUUCUGCUUGACGAAGCUGACGUCUUCCUCGAGCAACGUACUCUUUCAGACCUAUCCCGCAACGCUCUUGUUUCUGUAUUCCUGUGUACGCUUGAGUACUACGAUGGCAUCCUUAUUCUCACAAGCAAUCGUGUCGGAACCUUCGAUGAGGCUUUCAAAUCCCGCAUCCAGCUCGCUCUCCAUUACCCCAAUUUGGACUUGGCCCAACGCAAACAGAUUUGGAAGAACUUCACACACCGGCUGGAUUCGCUUGAGGAGGACGUCGACACCGACGCCAUCCUUGUGAGCAUCAACAAACUUGCCAAAUACGAGAUGAACGGCCGCCAGAUCCGCAACGCCAUCACGACGGCGCGCCAGUUGGCGCUCUUCAAGGAGGAGACUCUAACCACCAAGCACCUGGAGCAUUCAAUCAGGGUCUCGGGAAAAUUUGACCAAUACCUUGAAGAAGUGCAUGACCAAAUCAAGGAUGAUGAGAUGGCGAGGCAAAGUGGGUUCCGUUAA